AUGGCUGGGCUUCGGCUGAUCCUCCUGGCUCUGACCCUGGCGCCUUUCACAUCCUUGGCCCAUUUGGUGGAUGGCCAGGAAGUCGAUGCCGGGUGUGGUGGAUAUGGAUGCGAUGACGAUAUGGAAACCAGCAGCCUGCUCGAGCACAAGUCAAAGCAGGAGGAUGAGUCAAAAGGUUGCGUGACCAAGGGGAUGUACCACUACCCAAACAUCCCAGACUUGCGGAUCAAGGUGGACAGGUGGCAGCAUUGCCAGUCCUACUGCAGGGUCACGGAGGGCUGCCAGUUCUUCUCCUUCUGGCCAGACGGCGGCUGCGAGCUGCAGAGCGGGCCCGGAGAGUACCGCAAGGCGAGCAAGUCCUACAGCGGCGUCCUCAGUGGCCCGGCGAACUGUGGGGACACCCCACCGGGAGCCAUCAACUUGCUGGACCAAGCCUUCAUGUUCUGCGCCUAUCACCCCGACGCGCCCUGCUGCAAGUGUGGUACAUGCUGCCUUCCCUACUGCGAGAAUUCCAAGUGGACCCUCCGUGAGGGCUGCAACUAUCAGGUCGGUGGCUGGUGCGACCCAGCCUUGCAGCUGCCACCGCCCAUUUGCCCUGGGAUGUGA